AUGAACAAUAAAGGAUCCCUGCUUGACGAAAGUGAGGAAGAAGAACCGUUAUCGACACCUCCGCCUACGCCAGUGAGACCAAAUAGAGAUCCUCUACUGAAAUAUUAUAAGGCAAUCUUGCUCACUCCUGGCCCUUUAGUUUCGGCGUCUGUCCUAAUCACAAAGGGAAAGUUUAAAAAACUCAUCGUUGGAAGCGAGACAGGUGCAUCAGCCGCAAAGAUGUUGAUGGACACUCUGGCGAAGAAAGGGCUUGGCGAAAUUAACGCCUACCGUGGAGCUAAUAGUAUUCAGGUAAGCAUGCACGGGAGAUUCACUCUUUAGAUCAGUAUCACAAACUAAUUUGAAAUUGGUCUUCGCUCGAAACGUCAGAGGAGGAACAAAAUUUUUCUUCAUUUCUCUGAAUAACCGAAAUUUAAAUUUGUUCACGCAAUACACACACCCUUUCGAUAAUAGACUGUACCCCUUGCUUCUUUUACUAAUGAUAGCGACCCUCUCAGUCCAGGAAAGUAUUCGUUACGUAUUUAUUUUAUUUAGGCCAGUAAUUAAAGUGCGCUUAAAAUUUGCCUAUAUAGGAUAAAAUUGUUACGGCCUGUGACAUUUUUACCAUUGCUUGGAUUACCUAUUUGGGUUCUCUGUGAUCAAUUACUACACAUAAUAAAAUCAUCACGCCAUCCACUUUCACCCCACCCACACCAAAAGUUGCCAUAAAUAUUUUUCUUCUUUCAUUCAGACGAUUUUCCUCAGAAAGACAGAAGUCCCAGAUGACAUCGAAGAGCAAGGACGUAUGGCAAAAAUUUUGCAAACAUUUGGGCUGUCACUACGGGACUAUUCCAAAAUGUUCACCACCAAUAACGAUUUAAGGUACAGUACUGUACAAUCAUAUAUGUUUUACCUAUCACAUACUAAGGCUGAAACUAAUGCUCAACUUCACAAACUCUCAUAUCGACGACACGAAGUUGGCUCAAUUUUUUCCACCAAUUGAAGCCAUAAUUAUUGUAUAUUAGCAGGAGCGAUGAUAAACACAUCUGACUCGCUUCACGCCUGACUGAUGACAUCGAAGUUCUCCUUGUCUUUUUCGGAUAGUUAAUUUACCCCAGAAUUCUUAGUUGUUUUCAAUUGAUUUUAUUGUAAAAGAGUAUCGACUUUUCGACGAGAAAUUCUAAUACUUUAUUGUUAAUCAGUCACCAUGGCCCUGCUUUUAAUAACUUGGUCCAAUAUGUGGGAUGCUUGCGAAUGUUUGGAAAACGUACGAAAAUGCAGCAUGGUGCAUGGUUUUAUAAUUUUUUGUCUCAACGCGGACAUCAUCCAGAAAUCUAACGUUUUUCCAUCAAGCUAACAUCCAGGCAUACAAACCAAAUUCUGUGCCACGCCUUCCUUGUCAGACUUUAAAGACAAUAUCUAAAAGCCGAAUUUUACAGGGCAAUCACGUGUAGCAGGUUUAGUUCUUCACAUUACUUCAAUACGUUUAAUAAAUUCUUUUCUAUAGCCAACUCCACGCCGAGGAUUACCAGAACAGACGAAAGAGGAUAGCUUCACCAAAUACAACUGAGGAACAUCCAGCGCCAAAAACAGUUCGAGUUGACGUGCACAGUGCGAAGUAA